GUCCCCACUGUGUGCACCGACCACCCGUGUCCUGAACUGUCCCUGUUGUGCGCACUGACCACCUGUGUCCUGAACUGUGCCUGCUGUGCGCACCGACCACCCGUGUUCUGAACUGUCCCUGGUAUGUGCACCAACCACCCGUGUUCCUAUUGCCCGAGGCCCCUGUCCAGUGGUAGGUUGCCGCCUGUUGCUCGAGGCCCCUGCCCAGUGGUAGGUUGCUGCCUGUUGCCCGAGCCCCUGUCCAGGGGUAGAUUGCCAUCUGUUGCCCGAGGCCCCUGCCCAGUGGUAGGUUGCCGCCUGUUGCCUGAGACCCCUGCCCAGGGGUAGAUUGCUGCCUGUUGCCCAAGGCCCCUGCCCAGUGGUAGGUUGCCGCCUGUUGCCGCCUGUUGCC